AUGCCAAUUGAGGUUAUUGUUGCUGGUCUGCCACGGACGGGAACGACAUCAAUGAAAAUGGCUCUUGAACAAUUAGGCUUUGCAAAGACAAUGCAUACGGAUUCUUGUAUCAAUGAUCCUAAACUAGCGGCAGCCUGGCGAGAAAUUUAUGCAAAUCAUUUAGAGAAAACAUGGACUAGUCAAGAUUGGCGAGACUUUUUUGAUAAACGAUUUCCUGGAUAUGUUGCCGGCGUCGAUUCUCCAUUUGCUGAUUUUGCGGUUGAAAUUGCUCAAGCUUAUCCUGAAGCGAAAGUUAUCCUGCAAGUUCGUGAUCCUGAAAAGUGGUUUAUUUCUUAUCAACGUCUACUUCAUGAAAGACGCUUUUCUAAUUGGGAAGCUUUUUGUAUAUGGCCACUCACCAAUAUCAAUGAAUUCUAUCGAUUAAGACUACAUAGACUUGUCUGGUGGCAAGAUGUAUAUAAUUAUCCAGCCGCAGGCAAAGAGGUUAUGUCACUCUAUAUUGACAAGAUAAAAUCAUCAAUUACCUCUGAAAGAAUGCUGAUUUAUAAAGUACAAGAUGGAUGGGCACCAUUAUGCAAAUUUUUGGACAAGAAAGCUCCAGAAGAAGAGUUUCCUGUGUUGAACGAUGCAGAAUCGCUAGCCGAUGUGAAGAAAAAUUGGAAGAAUGAAGGUUUAAAAGUUUGGAUAGCAUGGUUAAAAGAAACGGCUAUGGUAGCCAUCGGCUUGACAAUCAUUAUUUCGCUCUAUCGACAACGUUCUAUAUUCAGAAGUUUUCCAUACAGCAAUUAA